AUGACAGCUGCAGUCUUCAAUGGGGGCAGUGUAGCAUUAAGGGAAACAACACAAAAGAAAACAGACCAAAUUGAUGGCAACAGCAUCACCCUGGGCCGGAAAAAGGGAGUUCAGGUUAGUGGGAAGUACGCAGGUCCAAUGGACUGGGAGAGAGAACCAUCUGCGGCCGUGGGCCAGUCUUAUGUUAGCACCCGUCACCCUCCGGCCACCCUGAUAUCAAACAGCCCACCCCUACAGAGGGCCUCCAGCUCCUCCCAGGCCCACAUGCAGCAACAUCCCAGGGAGGACAACAACAAGGCAGUAGAAGAUUGGGACAGGGAGAGUGUCCAGGGUGCAGCAGAUGCCAGUAUUUCCAAGCAGACACUGGAGGAAUUAAAGAGCCUGCUGAGGGAGAGCUCCCUUCUGAGUGUGCAGGGAAAGGAGGGAGGCAACCCUGGGAGUACUUACUCUUACCUGAAAAUGACCAAGCCUGAGGGCAGGCAGGAGGAAGUUAACAACAUGUCCUUCACCACCUUCAAACCCCAGAAUCAAAGCUCUCAGAAGGCCCCCCGAUCCAGGAAGGACCUCUCGUCCUUUCCCAUCAGCAACCCAGACUCCCCUGGAUCAUACAGAUCUGAUGUGUCUGUGAAUAGGCCAUCCGGUUUAAGGCAGCCCAUUGCUGAGUGUGCCACCUGGAGAGAUGUGUUGAUGUCACAAGUUGACAACGAUAAAGACGUGAACAUACAGACCCAACGAUCUCAAAGCUUCUUUCACUAUGACUCAACCAUUGGGCACAUAAAACAGAAGAUUGCCCAGGAGGAAGUCAAUCUUGUUCGAUUUGAGGCAACAGAUCUGCAUGGGGUGUCCCGGUCUAAGACAGUCCCUGCCCGCUUCUUUCAGGAGAAGGCUUUAUAUGGUGUGCCAAUGCCAAGAAGUUACCUUGAGUUGACCCUGAGCCCUAAAAACAAUGAAGUGGAUCAUGCCAGUGCAGCAAAUUUCAACAGUGACGUGCUACUUAUUCCUGACCUGCCCACAUUCAGGAUCUUACCCUGGGCCAACCAGACAGCCCGAGUGAUCUGCGACUCCUGCUCUGUCACAGGUUACCCCUUACGCACAUCACCUCGGUUUAUUGCCAAACAACUGCUCGGGCAGCUGCAGAGCCUUGGAUUCUCCCUGCACUCCUCUUUCACCUAUGAGUGCUGUGUCUUCGGUGUCCCUGAGAAGAUCAACUCCAAGACUCUCUUUUUCCCUGCUGCCACUUUACUGAGCAACAACGACCUGCCCUUCUUCCAACAGCUGGUGAGCAGCAUGUACUACAUGGGGGCCGAUGUUGACAGCUUCUCCUCUGCCAGCGGGCCCGGGCAGAUGGAGAUCUCCUUUCAGCCCGAGUUUGGAAUCGCUGCUGCUGACAACGCCUUUACUUUCCGUACAGGCAUCAAAGAGAUGGCGCACAAGCAUGGCUAUAUUGCUAGCUUCUUCACAGAUGAUGGUUUCUACAAUUCCGGUGUGCUCUCCCACAGCCUGUGGGAUGCCAAUGGGAGGAAAAACCUCUUCUACUUGGGGGGAGGAGAGCUGUCAGAGAUUGGGAGGAAAUGGUUGGCGGGGUUACUCCACCAUUCGGCCGCCCUCAGCUGCGUGAUGGCUCCUGGGGUAAGCUGCCGCCGUCAGAUCGCCAAAGAUGUUAAAGACCCCAAGCACACAAUCUAUGCCACCUGUGGCUUCAAUGACAACAGCUGUGCUUUCAAUGUGAAGUUCCACGGUGGCAAGGGGAUGCACAUAGAUAACAAGCUGGGAUCAGCUAUGGCCAACCCGUACCUUGUGCUCGCUACCACUGUGGCGGCAGGCCUGGAUGGAAUCAAACGUAACCUCACCGUUGACCUAGAUCCCACUAAAACUCUGGCACAGCAGAAGCAAUUUCCCAUUCCUGUGAAACUGGAAGAUGCCCUUGUUGCACUGGAAGAAGACCAUAUAAUCAGAGCGGGCCUUGGAGAUUCGUUUGUGCAGUACUUCAUGGCUCUGAAGCGUUAUGAAAUUGAGACACAAGAAAUGGAUGCAGAGAGGAAUAAAUGCUUGGAAUACUUUAUUUAAUAGCUCCCUUUUCUGAAAAGCUUUUUUCAUCAAAAAUACAAUUAAAAUCAAAGCACGGAGGCUUGCAAUUAAGUGCAGAUUUGGUUUAUGGCAGUAGAAAGCACAGAAUGUCACAUAAGAACAUUUUUAGUGAUUUCAAGCUUUUAAGAUUUAUUUUGUAGUUACAGUUCAGACAGUACCACGUGGAUUGCUGUAGGUUUACAAUAAAUGCCCUUUCUAUUUCACAUGGGAUAUUUGUUUCGUACUUUGACCAUUUGUAGCCAAUUUUGCACAACUGAGAACCAAAUAUUCUUUGAAAAACUUGGAAAUGGACAUGUCAUUUAAAUUAACAGGUGGCCAUGGACAUUGAAAGCUAAUAUCUCAAUAUUUUAUUUUUAUAUUUUCAGGAAAAUGGUGAAAUAAUGGACAUAUUUUAAAUAAUAAAAUCCAGUAAAACAUUUUCUGUGAUUUUAUAAGUCUCUUUAGCUCAUCUAUAAGUGAGUGUUUGUUCAUCUCUCAUGAAGAUAUUUUACUGGACUUGUUUGAUAAUGAAAAAGGCAUAAAUGAUCUGAGAUGAGGAAAACAAUAUUUUAGAAUGAUCACAGUUUCUUAAAGAUGUAACUGAUUUUAUUUGCGUAUUCUGGUGUGAUAUUAAUAUAAUCAACUGCAGAAG